AUGAAAGAAUCCGAGAUCAAGCGCAACCCGCACCCCGAUUUCAAGGCCGUCGAAGCCUCUCGCCCACCCUGGGACCGCGACGCCACCUUCAAGUACACCCAGACGCCGGCCCCCUCGUGGUCUUUUGGCAGCGGCGCCAACGACCUCGCGCCCGCCGCAGAAGGGCCCGGGGCCAAGACGGCCAAACACAUCACAAUCGACCCGUACGCCGAGGGCCGCGCGCCUGUGCACAACUACAAGCUCCUGAUCAGCGCCGUAGUCCCCCGCCCCAUCGCCUUCGUGUCGACCGUCUCGGCAGACGGCAACACCACCAACCUGGCGCCCUUCUCGUACUUCCAAGUCAUCAACCACGACCCGCCGCUGUUCAUCAUCGGGUUCGCCAGCUCGCUGGAACGCGCCGCGCAGGCCAAGCACACCCUGCACAACCUCAACGCCACGGGCGAGUGCACGAUCAACAUCAUCUCGGAGCACUACGUCGAGGCGGCCAACAGCACGAGCGUGGAUGCGCCAUAUGGGGCCAGCGAGUGGGCUGUGAGUGGGCUGACGCCCGGGUACGACUGCGAGACGGUGAAGCCUGCGCGGGUGAAGGAGGCCAUCUUUAGCAUCGAGGCCAAGCUGGAGAGCGUGCGAGAGUUUGCGAGCCGGAGCCGGCCGGGGGAGAUGAGCGGCACGAUGGCUGUCUUGGAGGGCACGCGGUUCUGGGUGCGGGAGGAUGCUAUCAAUGAGGAGAGGAAUAUCAUUGACCCUGCGGUCCUCCGGCCGGUGAGCAGAUUGGGCGGCAUUACCUACGGCCGCACCGUCGAGGGCAUCGAGCUACUCCGUCCGGUCUUUGAGAAGGACGUGGGUGGGACGGAAGCCUAUAAGAAGUUGGAGGCUGAGAGUGUCGAUUUAAUGUGUACAAAAUCUACUUAG